GACUUGGACGUUGACGAUGUCGAUGGAAGAGAAGGAAGGUCAAAAGCAAAGUAUAUGAAAGUUUUGAGGAAAGUCGCGAACCGACAGUUGGCAGAGGUCACUGUUGAUUUGUCCGAUUUGAGAAAGUUUGACAACGACACCUCUCUCUUGAACAAUAUCACGCGCAACACUCGCAGAUAUAUCAACUUGUUCAGUGAAGUCAUUGACAAGAUCAUGCCUCAGCCAGAUCACGAAUUGGAUCAUACUGCCGACGUGCUCGAUCUGAUCAUGCAACAGAGGAGGGAGAUGAAUGAACAGAUUGCUCAAGGUGAAAGGGGACCUCAGGAUACUGGGAUGUUUCCUCCUGAACUAAUGAGGAGAUACAACGUAUACUUCAAACCUGGUCGCGGAGCCGAAGUCCUCGCUGUACGAAGUGUAAAAGGUGUCCAUCUCGGUAAAUUAAUCACCGUCCGUGGUAUCGUCACUCGAGUAUCCGAAGUCAAACCUUUACUUCUGGUCAACGCGUACACAUGUGAUUCUUGUGGUAACGAAAUUUUCCAAGAAAUCGCCCAAAAAUCAUUCACUCCACUUGUCACAUGUCCAUCUGAACAAUGUACACGAAACAAUACCAACGGUCAACUUCAUAUGCAGACUCGAGCAUCUAGAUUCCGUCCUUUUCAAGAAGUCAAAAUCCAAGAAAUGGCUGAUCAAGUUCCCGUUGGACAUAUCCCACGUUCAAUGACUAUUCAUUUGUACGGUACCCUCACGCGAUCUGUCAAUCCGGGUGAUGUAGUUAACAUAUCUGGAAUAUUCCUUCCUACUCCUUAUACAGGAUUCAGAGCUAUACGUGCUGGAUUAUUACAAGAUACAUUCUUAGAAGCAACACAUGUUCAUCAAUUGAAAAAACAAUAUCACGCUAUGGAAUUAACACCUGAGAUCGAACAAGCCAUCAGAGAUCUGCAAGAGGAUACAAACCUUUAUUCACGUUUGGCAAGUUCUAUCGCACCGGAAAUUUAUGGACAUGAUGAUGUCAAAAAAGCUUUAUUACUCUUGCUUGUCGGAGGUGUGACGAAGAGCGUUGGUGAUGGGAUGAAAAUUAGAGGUGAUAUAAAUGUUUGUUUAAUGGGAGAUCCAGGUGUUGCGAAAUCACAAUUGUUGAAAUAUAUCACAAAGGUUGCACCUAGGGGUGUGUAUACUACGGGUAGGGGAUCGUCUGGUGUUGGUUUGACAGCUGCUGUUAUGCGUGAUCCAGUGACAGAUGAGAUGGUAUUGGAGGGAGGAGCUUUAGUCUUAGCUGACAAUGGUAUUUGUUGUAUCGACGAAUUUGACAAAAUGGACGAAUCUGAUCGUACCGCAAUACACGAAGUAAUGGAACAACAAACCAUUUCCAUUUCAAAAGCAGGUAUAACAACAACACUUAACGCUCGUACAUCAAUAUUAGCAGCCGCCAAUCCACUUUAUGGACGUUAUAAUCCCAAAAUAUCACCUGUCGAAAAUAUAAAUCUACCAGCAGCAUUAUUAUCAAGAUUCGAUAUCCUUUUCUUGAUUCUAGAUACACCAUCAAGAGAUGAUGAUGAGAGAUUAGCACAACAUGUGACUUAUGUUCAUAUGUACAACACUCAUCCGGAAUUAGAUUUUCAACCUGUUUCACCAACUUUGAUGAGAUAUUAUAUUGCUGAAUGUCGUAAAGUUCGACCUAUAGUACCUACCGCAAUGUCUGAAUAUAUAGUUUCUUCUUACGUUCAAAUGCGUAAACAACAAAAAGAAGAUGAAGCGGAAGAUAAAUUACAUACAUACGUUUCAGCGAGAACUUUAUUAGCUGUUUUAAGAUUAAGUCAAGCUUUAGCUAGGUUAAGAAUGGAUAAUGUGGUAGGACAAGGUGAUGUUGAUGAAGCUUUAAGAUUGAUGGAUGUUUGUAAAGCAAGUUUAUAUGAACAUCAAGUUGGAAAGAAUGGAGAGGAUCAAACGGAUACUAGUAAGAUUUUCAGGAUUGUUAAAGAUAUGGCUAGUGGGAAAUCUGGUCUUGAACAAGAAUUGGAAGAAUUGUUAAUGGUCGAUGUACGUAAUAGGGUUUUAGCAAAAGGUUUUACAGAAACUCAAUUGAUGGAUACUCUUUUAGAGUACGAAAAUAUGGGUGUUCUCGUACGGACUGCAAAUGCUACUAGAAUACGUUUCGUAGCUCCAGACGAAUAUUAG